UCGUUCCUCAACCAGAAACUAUAGCUGAACAAUCAAUGUCUGACACAAUAACCAAUAAUGAUGAAAUAGUUGAAAUCACCGAAGUUACCGAAGUAAUUGAACUUAUUGAUCCUAUGCAAGAAGAUGCGCCAAUAAUCGAACAAGAGCAAGAACUUUCAGGGGAAUCUAUAGAGAUGGAAGAUGAACCUGCUCCAGUUACUAGUGAUCUUAAUAUGGAGGAAGGACCAUCGGUAGUUCCAGAUACUAGCCAGUCUCAAGAGGCAACUGAAGAUACAGUUGAAGGCUCAAGUGAAGUUCAAGCAACAAGAACUACAGUUAUGGUUAACGGUCGCCCUGUGGACAUUACUGGUACUGGUAUAGACCCAACCUUUCUCGAAGCGUUACCCGACGAUCUUAGAGAGGAGGUACUUAACCAAAAUUUGCCGCCAGAAAGGCGGAAUAGGCCACCAGUUACUAGUGGAACUGGUGAUGCUAUUACGUCAUUGCCACCAGCAAUAGUUGCAGAAGCCAAUGCAUUACGUGAAAGAGCUAGUCGUCGAUAUACAAAUGCAGUACGAUCAAGGACAUUAACUGCACCUCAGAUCCAAGUUUCCAAAAAACCUUCAAUCCAACGUGAUGCGGUAAAACUUGUUGAUACCUCUGGAUUGGCUACUUUA